AUGCUCUCGUUAAUUGCCAUCUUUCUACUUGUCACCACGGCCCUCGCUCAAACAGCCAACAUCACGCAGUCGACCUACGACUUCGUUCUCAAGUACGGACGACUCUCCAAUGUGGCCUAUUGUGUCAAGGCCCCCGGUCCAUACGAACUGGAGACGGACUUCACCUGUGGAAGAUCUUGCGGUCACUUUCCCAACGUGACGUUGGAACACCAGUUUGGAGGCGACUUUUUCUCCACGUCCAUAACCGGCUUUCUGGCCCACGAUCACACUAAGAAAGAGAAAUACAUUGUUUUCCGAGGCACCUUUUCUCUGGCAGACGCCAUCACCGACGCCUUGUUUCUCCAGGAGCCCUACCUGGCCGAUCUGCCGCCUCUGAACACCACCAACAUCAACUCCACUAGCAAUUCGGCCCGAGUCGACUGCCCCGAUUGUGAGAUUCAUGACGGCUUCCAAAAGGCAUACCGAGAGACCAUGGUGAACAUGCAGGGCCACCUGGUGGCCUUUCUUAGAAACAACACAGACUACAAGCUGAUAGUCACCGGCCAUUCUCUGGGAGCCGCCACUGCUCUGCUCAUGGGCAUCAACCUGAAGAAUCUCGGCUUUGACCCUAUGGUGAUCACGUUUGGACAGCCUCGAGUGGGAAACAAGGCGUUUGCGGACUACGCCGACUCGCUCUUUUUCAAACAGGGAGAUAACGGACUGAAUAUCAACCCUGAAAGACGUCUUUACCGAGUCACUCAUUGGAAUGACAUCGUGGUGGGAGUGCCCUUCUGGUCCGGUUAUACCCAUACUCUGGGAGAAGUGUACAUCAGCUACCCAGACGGAGUCAACGCCCCCAUCGAAUACGUCAAUGCGUGCGCUGGACCAGACAACGACCAGUGCCACUACGGGUCCUUCGACCUGCUGGCUCGAGUCAACAUUCUCAAAAACCACUGUGCCUAUCUCAACUGGAUCUUCUACUGCGCCUUUAACGUGGACAAGAGACAGAUGAUGAUUGAUCCUCCGAGAAUCCACAAGAGAGUCGAGCAUUGGAGCGGCAAGUUUGCAGACGUCGAGUUCAGCGAGAGAAUGAUCUACGAGGCCACUUAUCCCAUGUGA